AUGCAAUUCAGUAAGAAGGGCAAGCUGAGUCCGAGGUUCAUUGGACCUUAUAAGAUUCUUGUAAGAAUUGGGCCAGUAGUGUACCGGUUGGCAUUUCCUCCAUCCUUGGAGGGUAUGCAUGAUGUAUUUCGUGUGUCCAUAUUGUGGAAGUACGUUCACAACCUGAGCCUUGUUCUGUCACAAGAACCACUAGAACUCGCAGCAAAUAUGUCUUACAAGGAGCAGCCCAAGAAGAUUAUGGAUAGCAAGAUUGUCCACCUUCGCAAUCGACCUAUCUACUAUGUGAAGGUGAAGUGGUGUAACCAUACCGAAGAAGAAGCAUCUUGGGAGGCUGAAGUGGAAAUGUGGGUGAAGUACCCCUCUCUCUUUGACUUACGAGAUGGAGCAGAGGUCUAUGCCGGUGAAUUGUUCUUCUUGGUUAUCAAGCCGACUGAUAAGAUCAUUGAUCAGUUUAUGGGGUUGACUGUCGAGGGUGGAUUCCUCAACCGAGAGGGGAAAAUUCAUCAACGAUGA